UCGGCCAUUUUCUUUCGCUACGCCGCCGUGUAACGAUUAUGUGCUCGGUUUAGGAUCUCGAUUGAGAGUGUUCGAAUUGCCCUAUUUAGAACGCUUGCCGUCUCGCGAACUUGUCUGGUGUGCUAAUGCGUGGCGUUUCAGAGAGCUCUCCGACUUGUGCAAUGGCGGAGGAUUUGGAUGUCGAGGCGAUGCUGGAGGCGCCGUAUAAGAAGGGGGAGCAGGACUCCUCGUCCAAAGACAAGUCCUCCAAGGAGAAUGGGUCUAGCCGCAAAUCGUCAGGGAAAAGCAAGCAUCGCUCUCGUUCCCGUUCACGAUCGCGCGAUCGCCGAGAUAAAGAUCGGCGGGAUCGCGACAGAGACAGGGACAGGGACCGCGACCGGGACAGGGAUCGCGAACGCGACCGCGACCGUCGACGCCGAUCGCGAUCUCGAGACAGGCGGGACCGAGAUAGGGAUCGGGACAAUGAUCGGGAUAGGGAUAGGCGAGACAGAGAUCGGGACAGAGACAGAAGAAGGAAGAGAUCGCUCACACCGUUGACCCUUCCCAGAGCCCGACCACCGUUCGGCAAAGGUCACAGCCCGCUUGGAAUAAACGACGAGUUGACACCUGAGGAACGGGAUGCCCGGACCGUGUUUUGUAUGCAACUAAGUCAGCGGAUCCGUGCACGCGAUUUGGAGGAAUUCUUCUCCAGUGUCGGCAAAGUGCAAGAUGUCAGGCUUAUCACCUGUAACAAGACGCGAAGAUUUAAAGGAAUCGCUUACGUCGAAUUCAAGGAUCCGGAGAGCGUGACAUUGGCGCUCGGUUUAUCUGGUCAGAAGCUCCUUGGAGUUCCUAUCGUCGUACAACACACGCAAGCUGAGAAGAAUCGCAUGGGCAACUCGAUGCCGAAUCUCAUGCCGAAAGGUCAAACUGGACCUAUGAGAUUGUACGUAGGAUCUCUACACUUCAACAUCACGGAAGAUAUGCUGCGUGGGAUCUUCGAACCUUUCGGGAAAAUCGAUAAUAUCCAGUUGAUCAUGGAUCCAGAAACUGGACGAAGCAAAGGCUACGGUUUCCUAACAUUUAGAAACGCGGACGAUGCGAAAAAAGCCUUGGAACAGUUGAACGGCUUCGAACUCGCUGGCAGACCUAUGAAGGUUGGAAAUGUGACGGAGCGCACUGAUCUGAUUCAAGGACCGUCUCUUCUCGACACGGAUGAGCUGGAUCGCAGUGGAAUCGACCUCGGGGCGACCGGGAGAUUACAAUUGAUGUUUAAAUUGGCGGAAGGCACCGGCCUGGAAAUACCACCCGCAGCGGCAAAUGCCUUAAAUAUGGCACCAGUCAUGACAGCACCGCAACCACCGCCUCAGGCUGCGCCUCCCAUCGCGACGCAAUGUUUCAUGUUGUCAAACAUGUUUGAUCCGCAAAACGAGACGAAUCCUAACUGGGCGAAGGAAAUCCGCGAUGACGUGAUCGAGGAAUGCAACAAACACGGCGGUGUGCUGCACGUGUACGUGGAUCAGGCGUCGCCGCAGGGCAACGUGUACGUGAAAUGUCCGACGAUCGCAACAGCCGUAGCGGCGGUGAACUCGUUGCACGGCCGAUGGUUCGCGGGUCGCGUAAUAACCGCUGCGUACGUACCCGUGGUGAAUUACCAUUCGCUAUUUCCGGACGCGAUGACCGCGCUGCAGAUGCUGGUGCCCAGCGCACCGCGAAGAGGCAUGUGAUGAUCCUGAGCAAAGGACGACUCACAAUCGCAAUCCGCUGGCGUGUAAAUCUUUACAUAGUAUUAAGUUUCUGUCCCUGUACAUCACACAGUUUCUUACUAUUCGGCGAGACCUUUUUUUCUUUUCUCUCUUUCUCUCCCACUUUUUUUUAUUUUAUUUUUUUUUUAUUUGUUAUUUUUGAGGCGAAAAGAAGAAGAGCGUCCGAGCGACGGAUCUCGCACGUUGAGGACAAUUACUUGCGUUAUUUGUUGCAAUAAAUUCAUACAUAUGGCAUAUCGUGAAAGCAAUGCGUUUGAUCUCACAAUGCGCCCUCUCGCAUCGUGCGAAUUUUGCGUCGGAAUCCGUUCUGUAAUCCAAGAUUCACUCGUGACAGUCUACCGGAUGUAUCAUUUUUUUCGACACUUUGAAUCUGGCUAUUCGGAUAUGCACGCGCUAGAGAGGCUCGAUCAAUUGUGUGUUAGACAAGUUACUCGAUGGUUUUUCUAAUUCAAGUUCCUUCUGUUAAUUUGCUUCUAACGAAUAUAUUAAUACACUGAAUUUGUCCUUGUUAUAUGCAACUGCAAUUGUAUAUCUACGUGACAACAAAUAUAUGUAGUGAGGAAUCGUAGGAAUGGCGAAGAAAAUUCUACAUGAAUGAAAUGCGCACUACUGAUAGUUUUUUUAUAUUGGAUAAUUGGCAAAAUCACCUGUAAUGGCGGUGAAAAUUUUCACGAGGAUACAAGAGUCAAAUUACCAAUUUUUCGUAUUGAGACGUGGUGAGAGGUACUUUUGGUGGAUCUAUAGUCUUAUUAUAAUAAGGUUUACAUGCGCGCACCUUGUUCCAGUGUAAGGAUAAUUGUACGUUUUUAUUUCUCACGAAAUUAAGAGGACAGUUAUUUAUUGGCGCGAUGUAACGUUUCGUCUCAUAUAUGUCGGCGUGUUGUAUUUUUGCGGUCGCAGUAGAAUACGUUAUGCGUAGCGAGAUAUUCAGUCGACUGUUACGGUAAUGAGGUACAUACAUACAUACAUGAAUGAUGAAACAAAGUGACGACCUUAAUCCUCUCAUUCCUAAUUCAUACACUAAAUUAUUACUUAUAAUUAUAUAAGACAGAAAAGAAUAAAAUAAAAGAAUCGUAAUAUAAAAUCAACUUGAUUUGAAAUUGUCCACGGGUUCAAUGAUUAUACCAAGUGAUACUUUUGUAUAACUAACAUGUUAGAAUUUAAUAAAAGCAAAACAGAUUUCGAAUCACAAUGCGUGUGCUUGAUCAGGCAGUUCCCUGAAGUCGCUUUCGCUUUAAUGCAUUGAGAACAAUUCGCGUUGAGUACCGGUGCAACAGGCACAUUGGGCGAAUCGAGCGAUAAAGUUCUUACUGGAAUUAAUCAAUGAGGUAUCACGUGUUUCUAUUGGGGAGGAAAGGAUUAAGGAUAUGCUCGUAAUGGCUGUAAUGGCUCGUAGCAGGAACGUAUGUGAAGUUGGCCCCACUUUUUCGAAAUAAAAAAAAA